CGAGAAAGCCUAUUGAGACAAUAGUUAGUGGUGAGAUAAGAAAUUUACAAAAGAAAGAAAGAAAGGCGAAGGAACUGCUUUCUCGUGUGAAACCAAGUAAGGGGAAUCAUUUCCCACAUUUCCUCGUCGGGUCCACAUAAGAAAGGGAUGUUCCUCUCUUCUUUUUCUCCAUUUGAUGUGCCACGACUAUAAGUGUAGGCAGCACUCAGGAAUCAUUUUCUUCACUCAAGAUCCAUUUCGUCAUUGUUUCUUAGUUGUUGCCUUCAUCUUAUUCAGGCUCGCCACUGUCGAAUUCUGUCCUUCAAUAUCACCACUACUUCUGCCUUAUAAGGAGAUCGUGUACAGAGACCAAAUAAACAUGUUGAACGCCUCUUCUAAUAAUCAGGAACUAGAGAAAUUAUUAGGAUAUGAUUACGAAGUAUUUUUGAGUUUCAGAGGACCAGAUACCCGUAAUGAUAUUACUGAUUACCUUCACACCAGCAUGAUUGAUGCUGGAAUUCGGGCAUAUAUAGAUGAUGAAGAGCUCCGCAUUGGUGAAGAGAUCAGCGGCCAGCUUCUCCAAGCGAUUGAACAGUCAAAGAUCUCGAUACCAAUCUUUUCCAAAGGAUAUGCAGACAGUACAUGGUGCCUUAGGGAGUUGGUCAAGAUGGUGGAGAGCAAGAACACAAGGAGACAUAAGAUCAUGCCCAUUUUCUACAAUGUCGCACCAUCCGAGGUAAAAUACCAGACUGAUCACUACAGCAAUGCCAUUGUUUCUCAUACAAACAAGAAGCGGUUCGAUGAUGAGACUAUCGACAAUUGGAAGGCUGCUCUCAAUGAGGUUGGAGCACUAAAGGGAUGGGACUUCCAAAGCAUGCCAAACAGAGGUAAAGGUGAAUUUGUGAAAGAAGUUGUCAAUAAUGUUUUGAUUGAGUUGAAAACUGCCUACUUAGAAGUAUCUGAUUGCUUAGUCGAAGUAAACAAUCAUGUGGAUGAAAUCAUGAGGAUGAUAUGUACACACAAUCAUGAAACAAAGAUCGUCGGAAUCCACGGUAUUGGUGGCAUGGGAAAGACGACUCUUGCCCAAAUAGUGUAUAAUCAAGUUUCUGAUGAUUUUUCUAAUUGUUGCUUCCUUUCUAACAUUCGAGAAACAGAGAUUACACGCUUGCAAAAUCAACUCAUAUCGAACAUCCUGAAGAAAAGAUGGCCCGAUAUCAACAAUAUCAUGGAAGGAAAAAAGGUGAUUAAGGAAAGGUUAUGCUCUAAAAUAGUGCUUCUUCUGCUUGAUGAUGUUGACGAAGCAAGUCAACUCGAUGCGCUCGUGCAAAAGCGUGAGUGGUUUGGCAAGGGGAGCAAGAUUAUCAUUACGACUAGAGAUCGAGGAAUUCUCAAUGUGCCUACACUUGUUGAUUGGACUUACGAACUUACUGGCAUGGAUUUUGAUCACUCUCUUCAACUUUUUAGUAAGCAUGCCUUUAGAAGAGAUUAUCUCAUAGAACAAUACAUCUUUCACUCGAAAAGAGCUGUAAAUAUUUGUAGUGGUCUUCCUUUAGCUCUUGAGGUUAUAGGUUCUCUUUUAUCCGGAAAAAGUAUAGAGGGUAGGAUGCCACAUUAA